AUGAUUUCUCCACAAUCCGAUUACUCUUUUCUUCAGCGCGCAGUAGCUGGCUAUUUCCUCCUUCCUUGGGCUGCACUCCAUAUCUACUCUGUUGACAAAUUUGAUGCUCUACGGUGGCAUCGCAUUCGACGCGCCGAAGUCAAAUCCUUGAUGACAAUACUUUUCUUUAUCUGUCUUUUCACAAUCACAUUGUACGACUCGAUCGCAUCGUACCUUAAAUACAAAGAAGGCUUUAUCGUUCUUUCUAAUGGACAGGCAUUAGCUAAACCAACAUCAAUGUGGUCGGAUGAAGAUAUGCGCUUAUCGAAUACGGAUACCUACUUACUGAUGACAUACUUUGCAAUUGAAAACGCGGGACUGUUCUUGUUGCAAAAUUUCUGGAAUUAUUUGACUGGAACCAUUGUUCAAAAGAAUUUCAUCGAAAGUGCACAUUUCAAAGUCAAUUAUACUUUUGCGUUGGUUGCCAUCAUCGUUUUCCCUUUGAUUCCAUUUGUUUUCCGAGAUAAUGUAUUGCUAUCUCUUGUAAUGCCAAGAUUAUUUGCAGUAACAUGUAACAUUCCUAUAAUUCUUUAUGGGAUCAGAGCACACUACAAAUUCAGCCAAUUUAUCAACGAAAGCAAAGGGGUGCUCGAUGGUCAACUAAUAACAAGCAAGCUUGUAUAUUAUAGAGAUAUGAAUACGCGCUUUAUGACUUGUAUUGCACUUGGCACAGUCUCAUUCUUCAUUCUCUCUAUCGAUGGAUUAACGCCUGAGAGGAGACUCAACAGCAAUAAAUUUAUAUCUGAUUUAUUUGCUAAUAUCGCUAAUUUUGCACACACACUCGACUGGAUUAUUCUCACUUUUGUCUUCUAUCCCGGCAACCAUUUCAACUUAAUUCCCACGUCUUCGACCACAAUUAGAUUCGUGAUAGAAGGGGACAAUAACGCUACGUCUGCAACUACACUCCCAGCACUAAACUUUGAGAAAUACAGCUUGACAGAGACAAGCGAUGAGAAAAAACUGGGGCACGUCUAA